AUGGUAGAAGGUGACACUGAUCAGAACCAUUCCAAGUAUACCGAUGUAAAGGACGAUAGAGUAGCGAACGGUGACAGCAAGGAUCAUCCGUUGGCGGGAGUCGUUGCCGUCUCCCUGCAGGAGAAAUCGCAGCUGGCCAGUCAGCAGCAGUGCCCACCCGGUGGCCCAUUGAACGGGGGUGCCGAUUGUGCCAUCGUCAGUAAGCAGCUCGAGGCAAAGGGUGCGGACCCCGAGCGGGGCGCCUACUCGAUCAAGGCUGACUUCGAGCAGGCGAUAGAGCUUACUGGUUAUGGCAGAUUCCACUACAUCCUGUUAGCAAUAUGCGGGCUGGUAAGCACCAGCGAGGAGAUGGACGUCAUCUCGAUGUCGUUCAUACUGCCCUCCGCCCAGUGCGAUCUCGACCUGAACACGCAGAGCAAGGGCUGGCUGAACUCGAUCAUCUUCAUCGGCAUGAUGUUCGGUGCGUACGUGUGGGGUAGCGUGGCCGACUCGCUCGGCCGCAAGAAGGUGCUGAUCGUGAUCUCGAUCAUGAACGCGCUCUGCAUCGUCGCGUCCUCCUUCUCGCAAACGUACGAGGUGUUUAUGGUGUUUCGGUUCCUGAACGGUGUGGCGUUAGGUGGUAGCGGUCCCGUCAUUUGGCCGUACUUCGCCGAGUUCCAGCCGAAAUCCAAGCGUGGCUCCAUGCUUAGCUUUAUGGCGGCGUUCUGGACCAUCGGUAAUCUGCUGGUCGCUGGACUGGCCUGGUUGAUCAUCCCCACCGGAAUCGGCAUCACUACACCCGCCUUCACGUACAACUCGUGGCGCAUCUUCCUGCUCGUCUGCUCCAUCCCGUCGUUCAUUGUGGCCGCGCUGCUACUGUACCUGCCGGAGUCGCCCAAAUUUCUACUAUCGCAGGGCAAGAUCGACGAAGCGCUUGCCAUCUUCCGCGGUAUCUACGUGACGAACACGGGCAAAUCGAAGGACCAGUACCCGGUGAAGGAGCUGCUGAUCGACGAUGAGCUGCGGAAGGAGCUGGAAGCCGUCACCAAGCCGAUCAAGAACAAGUACAAGCGCAUGCUGUACGACAUACUGGACAACAGCAAGCAGGUGUUUAUGUCGCCGAUCCUGAAGUUCACCAUCAUCUCGAUCACGAUCAACUUCACGUUUCACAUCGGUUACUACGGGCUGAUGAUGUGGUUCCCGGAGCUGUUUAACCGGUUCGAUGAGUUCACCCGCGCCCAUCCGGGCGUGGAGGAUGCGUCCGUGUGCCAGGUGACGGAUUACGUCGUCGGGAUGGGUUCGCACUCGCAGACCGGCGUCUGUUCCGCGACGAUACCGAGCACGGUGUUCAUGGAGUCGCUGAUCACCGUGGCGGCGGCCCUGCCCGCCAACAUUAUUGCCGUGCUGGGUAUGGACCGGCUGGGACGGAAGUUCUUCCUGGUGUUCAGCACGAUGGCGGCCGGGGCCUGUUCCGCAUCGAUGUACUUCGUCACCAACCAGCAUUCGAAUCUGGCCGUAUCGGCCGUGUUUAGCGGCGUCAUCUCGAUGGGUAACGCCUCGCUGGACUGUCUGAUCACGGAAGUGUUUCCAACGAAUUUACGUGCAACCGGUGUUGCGAUAUCGAUGGUAGCGGCUCGCUUGGGUGGUAUUAUCGGUAACGUGGUCAUUGCCACGCUGCUCGAUCUCUACUGCCCCGCACCAACGUUCAUUGUCGCCGUCCUGCUGGCGGGUGGCGGUCUGAUGUGUCUGUUCCUACCGAACACUACGCGAACCGCACUGUCCUAG